AUGGCCGACUCACAACACCCCACUAUCCCCCUUCUUUCAGAGAUCCGCAAGAAGGCCACCAAAUUUUUUGGUCGCCGCCCAUGUAUUUGGCAGCUGAAAGCAAUACAGGCAAUUAUUAGACAGGACCAAGAUGUUGUUUGCAUCGCAGGGACUGGUUUGGGAAAGACCAUGACUUUCUGGAUGCCUCUCUUAUUCCGUAAAGAUGGUAUUCAAAUUGUGGUUACUCCAUUGAAUAUUCUAGGUCAGCAUAAUGUUGACCAGUUGGCAGCAAUUGGAGAUAUUGCAGAGGGAAAGUACAGGGCUAUUAUGGUGAUUCCGGAAGUCCUCAUGAAAGAUGGUGGGGGCUUCGAAAAGCUAUGGAAAAAUGAAGCUUUUGUGUCGCACGUUAUUCUACAAAUAGAUCGCAGCAAGGCAGCUAUCAUUUGGCGGAGCAACGAUCGACCAAAUGUGCACCUCAUGGUUCGAAAAAUACAGCACACCUUAAAUUCUGUGGCAGCAGCAAAGUCCCUGCGCAAGCAACUACCGAAGAGUCAUGGGAACAAGAUUAAAUGGUUCAAUGCCAACAUGUCCUCACAAUUUUGCAAGGAAGAGGUAGCGGCAUUUCGAGAUGGCGAUACAUGGGGGCUAUGUUGUACGGACUCCUUCGGAACGGGGAUUGAUAUACCUCAUAUUGCACUCAUUGUGCAAUGGUGUGCCAAGUGCAGACUCUGCUCUCUCUGGCAGCGCUUUGGACGUGGUGCUCGACAAAUGGACCUCAAGGCAAUGGCAAUCCUGUUUGUCGAAGCAAAGUACUUUGAUGAGGAUAAGUUAAAAGCGGCAAACGCUAAGGCUUUGCGGGCUGAGAAGAAGGGAAAACGGAAGGCCGUCGAGAGUGCUGGACAAGCGAUUUCAGAAAAGCACAAGGUCCUGUUUCAAAUGCCGUCUCAAAGUGCCAAUCUUGUCGCGAGAGUUUACUUUGCCAAUGACAAACUGGAUGCCUUUGAGCACCUCCAGUUCACCAAUCGUGCGGCCGCUCGGACGCGGAGACCUCAAUUCCCUGCGCUGCCUCGAGCACGCCAUCUUGAUACCAAGUAUAUCGUGACACCCAUUGAUAUGGAGCUGCAUGAUGUGCUCCACCAGUAUUGGAAGGAGCGCAUGGCGGCAAAGUAUGGCCCCGCGUUGCUCAAGGACUUGGGGCCCGGAUUGAUCAUGUCAAAUCAGAUCAUCCAACGUAUCAUUGACGCAGUGCACGCCGGUCGAAUUGCCUUGCUGGGGGAUCUCAAACACGAGGUCAAAUGGAGUAGAGCAGACAAGUUGGGCAAGGACGUUCUCCCCAUCGCACAGCAACAUCAGUUACUCUCUCAACGACGGUCGACAGACAUGCAGGCACUGAGCCCGGGCCACUUUCGACUGCCUCCAGAGUUAAGCACGUAUACACCUGCGGGACCUGCGGCAUUCAGGGACAUACAGUCUCAAUGUUGGCGGCUAUUCAGCGCGAAGCAAGAACUGCCCAUCGUUGUGGUCAAGGGCUGGGGCCCCUCCGAUACAGAAUGA